UCAGGCUCUGGCUGUGGGGGUCGGUGCGGAUUUUCAGUCAUGAAGUCUGGACAGGGACUUCUCCCGCAGCAAUGCGGCCGACAAGCCGCUUUGUGUUUCUGGGUCAGGCUUCCAGGUAUUUCUGCAACGAGAUGCUGCUCCCCGUAGGAAUGCUCGUGCUGUCAACCACACAAAUCUAUACCAUCUUGACCGUCCAGCUCUUUGCAUUCUUAAACUUACUGCCUAAUAAAGGGGACAUUUUAGCAUAUAAUUUUGAAAAUGUGACUCAGACAUUUGCUGAUCUCCCAGUGAGAUUUGGUUAUAGACUUCCAGCUGUAGGUUUAAAGGGUUUUUUGAUUAACGCCAAACCAGAGAAUGCCUGUGAACCCAUAGUGCCUCCACCAAUAAAAGACAAUUCAUCUGGCACUUUCGUCGUGUUAAUUAGAAGACUUGAUUGUAAUUUUGAUACGAAGGUUUUAAAUCCGCAGAGAGCAGGAUACAAAGCAGCCAUAGUUCUUAAUGUUGAUUCUGACAACCUCAUUAGUAUGGGAUCCAACGACAUUGAUGUGCUGAAGAAAAUUGACAUUGCAUCUGCCUUUAUUGGGGAAUCAUCAGCCAAUUCCCUGAAAGAUGAAUUCACAUAUGAAAAAGGGGGCUUCCAUUAUUUUAGUUCCAGAAUUUAGUCUUCACCUGGAAUACUACGUAAUUCCCUUCCUUAUCAUAGUGGGCAUCUGUCUCACCUUGAUAGUCAUUUUCAUGAUCACAGAAUUUGUCCAGGAUAGACAUAG